GUAGUUUUUACGACAGUUCUCCCAAGCAGGAGUUCUCCCAUUCGUUCCAGCUAGCUGUGACGUCACUCCAGAGUUUCAACACGCCAAACACGCUAAGGAAGGAACUGUAGGAAGAAGAGUAAUGGAGGAACUACGAGCACACGGCGCUGGAGCCCGAGUGUUUUUAUCGACAAGAGUUCAACUUUCGAAGUAUAUGUGAACGUUCCCACCUUUUGUAUUUAUACGAGACGUCCAUCUGAAGCGCUGUCUACGCUAUUGAUCUGAGAAGAUGAGCUGGAGUGUGUGUAGCCGGGCCCUUGUGUGGAGCAUUUUCACGUUGCUCUUCAUGAAUCCGUUCCAGAUGGGCACCUGCCGGGCCGGCACCGUGUCGCUGCCUGAGAGCCUGCUCUUCGUGUCCACGCUGGACGGGAACCUGCACGCCGUCAGCAGACGGUCCGGCUCCAUCAAGUGGACCCUGAAGGAAGAUCCUGUGCUCCAGGUGCCCACGCACAUGGCAGAGCCCGCCUUUCUGCCCGACCCCAACGACGGCAGCCUCUACUCCCUCGGAGGGAAGAACAGCGAAGGACUGACGAAAUUGCCCUUCACCAUCCCGGAGCUGGUCCAGGCGUCUCCCUGUCGGAGCUCCGACGGCGUCCUCUACAUGGGCAAGAAGCAGGACCUGUGGUACGUGGUGGACCUGCUGACCGGCGAAAAGCAGCAGACCUUAACGUCGUCCUUCGCCGAGACGCUGUGCCCCUCCUCCUCUCUGCUGUACCUGGGCCGCACAGAAUACACCAUCACCAUGUACGACAUCAAGAACAGGGAGCUGCGCUGGAACGCCACCUACUCGGACUACGCCUCCACCCUGCCCGACGACGACGACGGCGGCAGCAAGUACAAGGCGGCCCACUUCGUGUCCAACGGCGACGGGCUGGUGGUGACGGUGGACUCCGAGUCGGGGGACGUGCGGUGGGUGCAGAACUACGACUCGCCCGUGGUGGCCAUGUACAUCUGGCAGCGGGACGGCCUGCGCAAGGUGCCGCACACCAACGUCGCCGUGGAGACGCUGCGCUACCUCACCUUCAUGUCCGGGGAGGUGGGCCGCAUCACGCAGUGGAAGUACCCCUUCCCCAAGGAGAAGCCCAAGAACAAGCUGAUGUCUACCCUGUACGUGGGGAAGUACUCCACCAGUCUGUACGCGUCGCCGUCCUUGGUGCACGACGGCGUCACCGUUGUGCCCCGCGGCAGCACCUUCCCCCUGCUGGAGGGGCCCGGCAGCCAGGGGCCCGCCGGCGGGGACGACAAGGAGUGCGUCAUCACCCCCAGCACCGACGUCAAGUUCUCCACCGCCCUGAAGGAGCGCAACCGCGUCAACUUCAUGAGGAACUACCUGCUGCUCAUCGGGCACCACGAGACGCCCCCAAACGCUCACCACAAACUCCUGGAGCGGUUUCCCGACAGCAUACCCCGGCAGCAGGGCAACGUCAUCCCCCCCAGCGCGGACAAGCCCAUGGAAGAGCAGAAGGUGAAUGACAGUGACAUGGAGGACAGCACCGCGAGGCCCCCGGUCACGUCUGUGCAGGAGAAGGCGGGAAGGCCGGCGCGCGUGGAGGCCCCCGUGGACUCCAUGCUCAAGGACAUGGCCACCAUCAUCUUCUGCACCUUCCUCCUGGCUGGAUGGGUGGCCUUCGUCAUCGCGUAUCCCAAGAGCGUGCACCGGCAGCAGCAGCUGCAGCACCAGGAGUUCCAGCGGCAGAUGGAGGAGAAGCUGGAGCUCCUGCAGAGGCAGCAGCUGGUCUUCCAGCCGCCCGCCGACCUGGCGCCGGACGCCGACUUCCUGCUGGACGUGGUGCGGGCGCGGGCCGAGAGCUCCAACAACAGCAGCCCCAGCCUCACCCCGCGCGCCUCCAACCACUCCGACCUGUCCGCGCCCGAGCCGGGCGGCGCCGGCGCCGAGCAGGACGACGGAGACGAGGAGUCCAGUAUUGUCAGGGUUGGAAACAUUUCCUUCAGUCCGAAAAACGUGCUGGGACACGGAGCAGAGGGAACCAUCGUGUACAAGGGCCAGUUUGACAACCGUCCCGUGGCGGUGAAGAGAAUCCUCCCAGAGUGCUUCAGCUUCGCCGACCGCGAGGUGCAGCUGCUGCGGGAGUCGGACGAGCACCCCAACGUCAUCCGCUACUUCUGCACCGAGAAGGACCGGCAGUUCCAGUACAUCGCCAUCGAGCUGUGCGCCGCCACGCUGCAGGAGUACGUGGAGCAGCCUGGCUUCCAGCGUCACGGCCUGCAGCCGGUGGACCUGCUGCAGCAGACCAUGUCCGGGCUGGCUCACCUGCAUUCGCUGAGCAUCGUGCACCGGGACCUGAAGCCACACAACAUCCUGGUGUCGGUGCCCAACGCGCACGGGCGCGUGCGGGCCAUGAUCUCGGACUUCGGCCUGUGUAAGAAGCUGGCGGUGGGCCGGCACAGCUUCAGCCGCAGGUCCGGCGUUCCCGGCACCGAGGGCUGGAUCGCCCCGGAGGUCCUGAGCGAGGACUGCAAGGACAACCCUACGUGCGCCGUGGACAUCUUCUCCGCGGGCUGCGUGUUUUACUACGUGGUGUCGCAAGGCCGCCACCCCUUCGGCAAGUCCCUGCAGCGGCAGGCCAACAUCCUCCUGGGCGCCUACAGCCUGGAGCACCUUCAGACGGACCGGCACGAAGGCAUCGUGGCCACAGACCUGAUUCUGCAGAUGCUGAGCAUGGAGCCCCAGAAGAGGCCGUCUGCAGAGAGCGUGCUCAAGCACCCCUUUUUCUGGGGCCUGGAGAAGCAGCUGCAGUUCUUCCAGGACGUGAGCGACCGGAUAGAGAAGGAGCCGCUGGACGGACCAAUCAUCCGACAGCUGGAGAGAGGGGGGCGGGCGGUGGUGCAGGGGGACUGGAGGGAGAACAUCACCGUCCCCUUACAGACAGAUCUGCGCAAGUUCCGUUCGUAUAAAGGCGGAUCGGUCCGAGACCUGCUCCGAGCCAUGAGGAAUAAGAAGCACCACUACCGGGAGCUGCCGGCCGCCGUGCAGGAGACGCUGGGCUCCAUCCCCGACGGCUUCGUGUGCUACUUCACCUCCCGCUUCCCCCACCUGCUGCAGCACACCUACCGGGCCAUGCACACCUGCGCGCACGAGCGGCUCUUCCUGCCUUACUACCACUACAGAGGGACCCCCGUGCAAACCCCGCCCCCGCCCGUACAGACCCCGCCCCCUCCUGCACAAACCCCGCCCCUGCCCGUACAG